AUGGCACUUAACGACAUUCGAGGCAAAUUGGCCGUAAUCACCGGCGCAUCAGGAGGCAUCGGUGCAGCCUGCGCACAACAACUUGCACAACAUGGUGCUCAUCUUGCCUUGACCUACUCCACCAAUUUGACAUCCUUAAACAAUAUUGUCGCAGAUAUACAGUCCAUAAAUGCCACACAGAAGCUUCGCAUUUCAACCCACCAGGUUGAUGUUGGGUCUGUCGAUCAAAUCGAGGCCAUGUUUCAACAAAUUGAUGUCGAGCACGGCCAGCGACCAGAUAUUCUUAUAUCAAAUGCUGGAUACGGCAAGCGAAUUCCCGAUGUGUCGAAUAUCUCGCUCGAGGAGUUUGAUUACACUAUGAAUAUCAACUUGCGUGCCGGCUUCAUCCUUGUAAAAGGCGUGGUAGAGCAUAUGAAGGCUCAGAAAUGGGGGCGGAUCGUCUUCAUGUCCUCUAUCGCCGCUCAAGGUGGAGGAAUUAACGGCUGUCACUACGCAGCCUCCAAGGGUGGUCUUGAUGGUAUGAUGAAGAACCUCUCAACCCGGCUGGCAGAGUACAACAUUAGUGUCAACGGCGUUGCCCCAGCCAUGAUUGGUGAUACAGGCAUGCUUUCCUCUGCCGCGGCCUUCCCGGAAGUGGUAGAGAGUAUUCCUCUAAAGCGGCUAGGAACUCCAGAAGAAACAGCGAAUGUUGUUACUAUGCUAGUGACGACCGGGUACAUGACAGGCCAAACUAUUCUCCUAGCUGGAGGGCUGAAAUAG